GGCUUGUAGAGGUGUCUGUUUCCGGUAGGCCAGGCCGGAAAACAAGAUGGAGGCGGAGCUGAGAAAGGAAGGAUGGUCACUGAGUGAUAAGGGUUUGGAGUAUUGCAAAAGUCUUAGCACAAACAAAGAUCCAUCAAGAAGGGAGAUUAUUACAAAUGCUUUGCAUACUGACCUUCGCCAAAUUGGAAAGCAAUGCUUGCCAGCUGAUAUCAACAGAGCCAAGAAUACAAUGAUUGAGGGUCCAAUAGUCCUUCAAAUUCAAAAGAUUAGGAACGUAUCUGCACCAAAUGCUAAAGAGGACUCAUCAUUUGCACCAAGAAUGCUGAAACUCUCCAUGACAGAUGGUGUUAUGAGCUGCACUGGCCUUGAGCUGGAAACUGUCAAUGCAAUCAGCCUUUUAACGCCAAGUGGUUCAAAGAUUUGUUUGACUGGUAAACUGGCCGUUCAUAACGGAUUCAUUCUACUAACUGAAAGAAAUGUCAAGCUGAUUGGAGGAAACGUAGAUCAUCUUAAAGCCAAAUGGGAAUUGUCAUCGAAUGUCAACAAAUUGCAACGCAAAGUCUUGGCAGCAGAUGGCGGUCCGCCUCUGUUUGUUCCCUUUGAAAACAGUGAAUUUUCAAGGCGAAAACCCCCAACUGCCUCAUCGACAACAAAGACUUCUGAACCAAAACAACCGCCAAAUAGAGAAAGGCCUGUAAUGCAAACAGAAAAGGUGACAAAACCAUUCGAAGAUAAGAAGAUUUGGAAGAGUGACCCUCUUAAAACGAAGAAAGAUAAAAGUUCAAAAUUUGGGAAAGAUACUUUUAGCGAUCGCUCGCAGGAUCAAAAAGGAGCAGGCGAGAAGGGCGACAGAAGAAGUAAUACGAAUACCGAAGGAAGAAAAUCAACGGAAAAAGAAAAACAGCAAGACCGAUAUCAACAAGGAAAGAAUUUGAAAGUUGGUUCAAAAAAAGUGGAGGAAGAAACCAGUAGACAUGCGGCCCAAAAUAGCAAAAAAGAUUCGAUCAAAAAUGCUCAGAAAGAAGAUAGGAUGGCAGUAAAAGACCAGGGUGAAGAAGUGAAGAACAGUGAAAAACAGAAAUAUAGGAAUGGUGGGAAAUCAGAAUUCGAGGAGAAGAAGUUGUGGAACAAACAAGAGAGAAAUGUUAGAUCUAGACAAGAAACUACACGACCAAAAUCUGGGGGGCGUGAAGAGAAGCCAGGGAACAAUUUUCAAGAUUUGCCCCCAAGAAUGGAGCGUUUAAAGCAACAGAAAAGCUCAGAUGUGAAAGAAGAUAGAAAUAAAGUUUCUGAAACAAGAAAGGAAGGAAAAACUGGAGAGAAGAAUUCGAAGAAUGCCAAGAUAGAUGCCAAAGAAAUUGAAGACAAGGAAAUAUCAGGAAAGCCUGACGAUAAAGACAUGGAAAGAGUGAUUGGCCUACUUAAUGAAAAAAUGAGGAUGGAUGAAGGCAGGAGUGCUGGAAUGGGGGAUGACAGGCAAAAGAGGUCUCGGUAUGAAAACACCAGAUAUGUUGACCGGAGCCGAGGUCAAGUGGAAACUGAACACAAGAAAUAUGGAAAAGAAGAAGCUUCAAGAAGUACAAUGGACCAUUCAGCACCUGCAAAAUAUGAGCAGAGAAAUGGCGAGAGGUUGGGACAAAGGGGGCAAGGUAGAGGGCGCUAUGGAGGGCAAGGAAGGGGCUCACAGCGGGGAGGCUUCUCUUACCGCAAUGGACGAUAUGAUUCAGGAGGCUAUGAUCCGAGUCAUGGUGAUGCGCGGAAAAAUCAGAUGGAAAGCAUUGACGGAGAGGGGGUUCGAGGUUUAGAGGCAAAUGUCCGUUCUGGUAAUUUUGGCAGAAACCCUGGUCAAAGUGAAAAUGGAAAUAAUGGAUUAAUGCGUGAAAACUCGGGUCAAGUAACAAAUUUAGAAGCAGAAAAACCAGACAAGGUAGCUCAAUUUAUGUCGGCUGUUGUUGCAAACAGUGGUAAAGGCAUGCAAGGAGAUUUAAUGGCAAACAUGCAACGACAGGCUUUUGGCAACCAAAAUAUUGCACAGCAAAGUGUCCCUCAAGCCAUGGUAACAUCGUCAGAUUCAAUGAUGUACAACUACCUAACAACGUACCCAACUGCCAUGUUUCAGCCUUCUGCAAACCAACCUUAUCACCCAAUGCAUUCGCAAAAUUUUCAGAGAGGCGGUUACCAAGGUAACAUGCAGUCCUUGUCUGCAAUGAAUCAGUACCAGCAGAUGCCCCCCGUGUCGCAAAUGCCCCCAAUGUCUCAAAUGGCUCCUAUGUCCCAGGUACCACCAAUGCCAGCUAUGUACUAUCAAGGCAUGGGACCACCGCAACAGAACAUGGGGUUCAGAGGGCAACCCCCAGGUUUCGGCGCUCGAGGCAAACCGCGGGUGAAACACGAUGUUUAUAGACCCAAGACAGAAUAGCAUAAUUUUAAAUAUCUUUCCUAUGAAUAAUCGUUUCGAAAUAACAGACUUAAUAUUUUA